AUGCUGGGAAAUGCUCUGGUGAUCUGGGCAGUGAGGGCAGGCGGCUCCCUCAGAAAACCUACAUUCUGCUUCAUCACAGCUCUCGCAGUGGCUGAUUUCCUAGUGGGGUCGGUGGCCAUUCCUCUGGGUGUGCUGGUGGACAUUCGUAUGAAGAUCUCCUUUUAUGGCUGCCUUUUCAUGUGCUGUGAUCUAAUAAUGAUAGAGAUGACAUCCGUCACUUUACUCCUGGCCAUUGCAGUGGACCGCUUUCUCCGUGUGCACAUCCCUCUCACGUAUAAGACUACAGUCACUGUAAAACGCUCCUGGAUCGUGGUCACACUCUGCUGGUUCAUGGCUGCAUUAAUCAGUUUUGUUCCUAUGUUUGGAUGGAACAACUCGGAAAACUUGGACAACUUGGACAGUACUGUUCAUUCAAACUCCACCAGCUUUAAAUGCCACUUCUUAUCUGUCGUCUCCUCUUCAUAUGUAGUAAAACUCCUUUUCUUCAGCUCUUUCCUUCCUGUGUUUGCGAUAGUGACCGGCUUGUACUGUUACAUCUUUCUGACCACUAGAAGGCAGUUAAGAGCUCAAAUAGGUGUUCGCAUAGAGUCCGGCACCAAUUACCUAAAGGAACAGAGACUGGCUGCUUCACUGGCUCUGGUCUAUGUUCUGUUUGCUGUCUGUUGGUUUCCUCUGUUCCUCAUGCACACUGUAAAACUCUAUUAUGGAAAUGAAACAGUGCCCUCUUCUGUUAUGCACGUUGGUGUCCUUCUGUCUCAUGCUAGUUCAGCUUUGUAA